UUAGUUACGGUGAAGUCUCUGGAGAUGGUCAGAGGCUUCUGUGUGCGGUGUUGGGAGCGAGGUACCAGGCUAAGAGGCGCAAGAGGAGGGUCUGUGCGCACCGGGGCGGUUUUGAGGGUCGGGGACAGACCCGUGCAGUGUGCGUGCAGAGUGGGACCCGGUCGGUCGACUGUCGCCACUCCUUUCCGUCCAGAAGUUCCGAUGGCGGCGCCUGCGCUGAGGGACCCGGCUCAGGGCAGUGUGACCUUUGAGGAUGUUGCCGUGUUCUUCUCCUGGGAGGAAUGGUGUCUUCUUGAUGAGGUUCAGAUACACCUAUACCUUGAUGUCAUGCUGGAGAACUUUGCAGUUAUAUGCAUGCUGGGUUCUUGGCACCGGGUUGAGGAUGAAGAGACACCUUCUGAACAGAGCGUAUCUGCAGAAAGAGUGUCACAGAUCAGUACUCCCAGCGCAGGUUCAUCUCCUGAGAAGGCCCAGCCCUGUAAGAUGUGCAUCCCAGUCUUGAGAGACAUUUUGCACUUGGCUGAAGAGCAAGGAACAAAUAGGGGGCAGAAAGCAUACACAUGUGGGGCAUGUGGGAAACAGUUCUAUUUCACUGCAAACCUUCAAGAGCACCAGAAGCAGCACAUUAGAGAGAAACCCUUCAGCUGUGAUAUGGGGAGACCCGCAUUUUUGAAAAGCUGCACAAUCCAUGUAACAGGGAAUCUCUCUACCUACAUGGAGAUUGGGAACAACUACGUGGCCAAAAUGGGACUUCAGAAACAGGUCACUAAUACCAGGAAGAAACUGAACAACAGUAAGGAGUGUGAAGCUGUUUUUGACAGUGGGAAAAGUCAUCACAGCUGGGGAGAAGGCAACAAAUUCUCCAGCCACACAGAAAUACUUAUUCAGGAUGAGAGAGUCCUCACUACUGAAGGGUUUUGUGAAUGCAGCAACUGUGGGAAAGCCUACACCCAAAGAAGUAACCAUAGUCAGCACCAGAAAGUUCACACUGGAGAAAGGCCUUAUGAAUGCAGCCAAUGUGGAAAAUUUUUUACCCACAAAUCUAGUUUCCUUACACAUCAGAGAGUUCACAGUGGGGAAAGGCCUUAUGAGUGCAGUGAAUGUGGAAAAUCUUUUACUACUAGGUCUGGCCUCUAUUAUCAUAGGAGAGUUCACACUGGAGAAAGGCCUUAUGAGUGCAGUGAAUGUGGGAAAUCUUUUAGUAAUAGGUCGAUCCUUUGUAAUCAUCAGAGAGUUCACAGUGGAGAAAAGCCUUUCGAGUGCAGUGAAUGUGGGAAAUUCUUUAGCCGAAACGGACACCUCAGUGCCCAUAAGAAAGUUCAUACUGGAGAAAAGCCUUAUGAAUGCAAUAAAUGUGGAAAAUCUUUUACUGCUAAGACGAGCCUUCAUUACCAUCAGAGAGUUCACAGUGGAGAAAAGCCUUAUGAGUGUAGUCAAUGUGGGAAAUCUUUUACUACUAGCUCUGGUUUCUAUUAUCAUCAGAGAGUUCACAGUGGAGAAAGGCCUUAUGAGUGCAGUGAAUGUGGGAAAUCUUUUACUACUAGUUCUGGUCUCUAUUAUCAUCAGAGAGUUCACAGUGGAGAAAGGCCUUAUGAGUGCAGUGAAUGUGGGAAAUCUUUUACUACUAGUUCUGGUCUCUAUUAUCAUCAGAGAGUUCACAGUGGAGAAAGGCCUUAUGAGUGCAGUGAAUGUGGGAAGUGUUUUACUGGUAGCUCGAGCCUUCAUCGUCAUCAGAGAGUUCACAGUGGAGAAAGACCUUAUGAGUGCAGUGCAUGUGGGAAAUGUUUUAGUAUUAUAUCUGAUCUUUAUGUUCAUCAGAGAAUUCACACAGGAGAAAGGCCUUAUAAGUGCAAUGAAUGUGGGAAAUGUUUUACUGAUAGGUCAAGCCUUCGUCGUCAUCAGAGAGUUCACACUGGAGAAAGGCCUUAUGAGUGCACUGAAUGUGGGAAAUCCUUUAGCCGAAGACAGCUCCUCCAUAUCCAUAGGAAAAUCCACACUGGACAAAAGCCUUGUGAGUGCAAGGAAUGUGAUAAAUCUUAUUGAAGGGUGCCACUUCAUUAAACAUCAGUUCACACUGGUAAAAGGACCUUAUGAAUAUAGUGAAUAUAGAUGGGACUGAUGUUCAAGGAGUUUGAGAUUGUAACAGGGUGGGAAGAACCCCUGCAGUUACUGUGCAGCAAAUGUACCCUUUCUUGGGACAAACUGUGGCCCAGAGAGAAUGUAUCAUCUGUUGUGAACAGCGAUCUGGAUUCAAUGCCAGGUUCCCUGGUUCAGGACAUGGGGAGUCUGGUCACUUCAGUCCUCUUCCCCCCUUUCCCCCGUUGAGGACUCAAAGACAUGUUGUCCAUCUGGACACUUUUGCCCUCCACCCCAGGAGCCCUGCUGAUAACCAUAGCCCCAUGCUGAUGGAUAAGGCUGUCUUUUCUCUGGGAAACAACAUUGAUGGCUUUCUUGGAAAUGACUCCAUUCAUCUACCCAACCAAACCAGUGCUCAUAGUGUUUUUAUUCCCAUUUGUAAAGGAAGGCAUGUUCAGCCCAGAGAUGUUGAGGGAAUUCCACAAGGCCUCACUACUGCCAGGCCUUUGAUGAGAGUGCUUCCUCUACACUGCACCCUUCCAGUGGCCUCUCUUCUGCUUCAAGCAGGGACUCCAUUUACUUUGUCCCGACGAUGAACUACCAACACCUGAUGUGUUCUUCUCCACCUGGGCCUCCAGCUUCAUUUUUCCCAGUGUACAUCUCCUUCCUGCAAACACCCUCCCUCUUGGGACGUUCUUACAGUGACAGCAACACCAAGCCAGGCACUGUGGAGAAGAUCAUUGGAGUCACCCCAGAUGUGACACUGGCUCCACUGCCAUAUGCAGUGAUUAAUUUUCAAGGUCCUUUCCUUUUUCAUAAACCCACUUCAGGAUGUCCCUGUUUCCCCAUUAUGCAGUUGACCCACUCACUGUUCUGGGCAGUGUGAAGGACACUGAAGGACUAGGAAUGUCCACUGUGGCCCUCACAUGGCCUGGUCCCGAAGGCUCUUCCUCCUAAUCCCUUUUCCCAUCCCCUUACUGCUCCUCCCCCGCACCCCCUCCCCAAAAUGUAAGUCACCAAAUAAUGAUUUUUAACCAGCAAGAACUUUCCUGCUUCCUUUUUGCAACCUACACUUGACCAACCUAACUUAAAAGCUAAGACUGAAUGCAGGCUGACCCCUCUGAUGAAGACUGUGAAAUCGUGGUAUAAAAUCAGUAUGAUUUUAAUUGCUUUUUUCUCAUGGUUUUUUUUCUUUUUUUUUUUUCUUUUUUUUGGGGGGUGCACUUUGUGGCAUGUGGGAUUUUAGUUCCCCAACCAGGGAUUGAACCUGUGCUCCCUGCAGUGGAAGUGCAGAGCCAUAACUAGUGGACUGCCAGGGGUUUCCCUCUCUCAGGAUUCUUGAGUUUGAGUUUUUUGUUUUUUUUUUAAUGUGUCUAUUUUUUACCUGCAUGUCUUGUUUUGAUAAAUUUCUAUUUCUGCCUUUUACCUGCUUUUAUUUUGUGAGUUCUUGUCUAUUUUCUCUUUCCUUGACAAGUAGGAGAUCAGGGAAACAACAAAGGUAUCUGUGAGAUUUCACACAUUUACCCAAUGUGAGUGACUUCUGCAUGGAACUGUAAUUUGGCAUAGUGAAUAUGUUCUCAAUUUUUUCUUAAUUUUGGUCUUAUGCAUAAUGUAAUGGCCACAUACAUUAUAUAUGUUAAAGAUAAAUCUGCACUCUUAAUAUAUGCUACCUCAGGUUUUUUUCCUUUUUUUAAUUCUCACCUCCCCCACCCCCUUUUUUUUCCCCACACCACACAGCUUGUGGGACCUCAGUUCCCCGACCAGACAUCAAACCCAGGCCCAAGCACUGAAAGCCCAGAAUCCUAACCACUAGGCCACCAGGGAACUCCCAUAUCCUACCUCAGUCCUAAGUCCAGAUAUUCAGGAACACAGUAAAUGAAAUCCUGGUUUGUAGUCUUUGCCAGUUUCCCUGGUGUAAAUACUCCCAGCAUAUCCAAUGUCAAAUUGCCAACAUAAUGUCACUGAAUAUGGAGUUGGGAAGCAUUGCCAGGAGCCCACCAUUGUAUUGUUUUUCUACCUUACAGGUGCAGUAGCCACAAAUAAUUUUAAGAAUGUCACUAAUAAACCAUAGUAGAAUGAUUAUUAUAAAGUGACAGGUUUUGCAUAUUUGUUUUAAAAAUCGUUUAAUGUAUGUGUAGUUGACUGAAAAUAAAUUACAUGUAUUCUUAAAUGUACAUUUUAACACUGUGAUACUUGUGUAAAGCCCUGAAACAAGUUUCCUCCUGUCAUUUUUAAUUCAUCCUCAAAAUUAAAAAUACUGAUGCAAGAGCA